GAACCUACCUUUCUUUUGAACAUCCAAGAAGACCCUUCAUUCCAGCGUCCAUCCUUAGCGAACCUCCUUUUCGACGGGCCGAGGCCCCCAAGCUUAGUUCCUCAUGCAGUCAUAGUGCAAAGCGAUGCAAUAAAGUGACAAUAGGGUCAUCAAGGAACUCGGCGGAAAUCGUUACAACCUCGAUGGGAACUAGACUAGAGUCGGUCUUCAAAGGACAAGAUAACGAUUGGGCCCGCAACUAUGCGGAAAGCUAAGACAUGGGGGGAUAUGUGUCUGCUCACACAUGCUGGAAUAUGUAGAGGGUGAUGUCGCCGUCAACUACUCACCGGGGGUCGGGGCAGGCCUCACGGGCUGAAUAAUACCGAGAGAACUCGCCCAUUGGCCUCGUCGCUCGAGGAGGGAACCGACGGCAAGUAGAUGGAAGUCGGCAGUUUCCUUUUCUGGAAACAGCACGCGAUCAGGACAUUCAGUAGAGCCAUGUAAAGCCCGCGCGAAGACCAGUCCUACUUAUAGCUUACCCUCCUUCUAGCUUGCCCCUCUUCUCCUCUCCUCUCCCCACUGUCCCGUAUGUUUUGAUUCAUUCAUAUCCUCUUCUCUGCUUCUGAUAUACUCCAUAGGCACCAUCGUAGUAUUUUCUCUCACCUGAUAACGCCCUCACCCACUCGGAUUCUCCUUUCGUAAUUCAUACUUCAUCCACGACUUCUCGUCCCCCUUUCCCCACUCACAGAGAUUUCAUCGAGAUGGACAGUUCGGAAUGGCUCCAGUUUGUGUCUUCUGAAGUGGGCUCGCCUGCUCCAGAAAAGUCUGUGCCUGAGAAGGCUCCCAUCCUGCAAAUGCCAACGCCUCCAAUCUCCCAGCAAGGUUCGCCUUCUGAAGAGAUUCCUGAGAGCAAUACGGUCGUUUCGGUAUCAACCACUUUCUUUCCCGGGGCCAGUCUAGGCCCUCUUCCCCCCGACCUCAUCAUUCUCUCUACCGAUGCAGUCUUCUUCUACGUACAUUGCCACCAAGUGUUGGGCGCGUCGGAGAACGGCUUUAAUUCCCUUCUGCCUCCAAAACAGCCGAAGAGCACAGAAGACGUGGGGCCAAUUGUCUCUAUGCCGGAAUCGUCCUCUGUGAUCAAUGUCGUCCUGCAUACCAUAUACAAUCUGCCCUGUGGUCAUUACUCACCCUCUGUCGAGACUCUCAUUUUCGCGGUGGAUGCACUUAAGAAGUAUGGGAUUCCUGUGGCCAAAUAUGUCGCGCCCUCUACCCCAUUGUAUCAACAAGUACUUUCUGUUGCUCCCGUUGCUCCGAUUGAGAUGUACACAUUGGCAGCUCAUCAUGACCUCUACGACCUCGCCGUUCCCAUCUCUUCGCAUCUCCUCGCCUUCCCACUACCAAAUCUCACUGAUGAGCAAGCUGUCAGAAUGGGUCCUAUUUACCUAAAACGUCUUUUCUUCUUGCAUCUCGGUCGCAUAGACGCAUUAAAACGGCUUCUGCUGCCCCCGCCUCAUCCUCAUGCCCCAACCCCAACGUGUGACUUUGCGGAACAGAAGAAACUGACGCGUGCUUGGGCUCUGGCUUCUGCUUACCUGGCUUGGGAUGCUCGACCAGAUCUUUCGGCGAGUUCUAUGGAGUCUGCAUUGUCCCCUUUGGGGGAUCAUCUCAGUUGCUCGUUGUGCCAAGCAACCCUUCGAGAUCGCAUCAAACAGCUCAUAAUACAGUGGUCGGUGGUCAAGGUAUGUAUAUUAUGAUCCUCCUGGCUAAUUUUGACCACCAUCUGAGGACCGCAUACAUGCCGGUCAUUGAAAUUCACCAUAUGAAUGACUAGACGCCAUGAACAGUUAUCGUUAUUUUUCGCAGCAUACAGUCACCUUCAACGUCAAUAACUUAUCAUUCAAUCACGCUCUUCGGUAUGCGUAUUCUCCGGCAUAUGUAUACACGGACUCAUGCCAAAGUCAUUCGCAUACUCGAUUCUCUUCGUUUCCAGCAUUGUUGUACCAGUAUCACUAUCAAAAACGCCCCGCCGCUUGUACUACCACCUUGAUCCAGCCCCAUUCACGAAUAGCCGCCACAUAUCGUAUCGUGCUCAUUUCCUUUUUCUUGCCAGAGCAUCCCCGAAAUCACCGGUGUCCCAUUCUUCAGUGUAUGCAUAAUUGUUCUCUUUCCCAACCAGGUUUACUCAUUUUUGCAAUUUUUGAUGUUUCCCUGCACGUUGUCUUUUCUCGCUGUAUACUGUAUGUUUUGUCUCGCCCCUGUCCAUGGUUGUCGUGUUCGCGUUUCGAUUCACUUUGCAUAGGCUUCUUUUUUAGCAUGGCUCUUUCUCGUAUCAUGCAGUUUUCCGGUUAUGGGUCGUUUUCUACCUAUAAUGUUGCGAUCGACGCAGUGGAGUGCACGCACGUCGUGCUCAAAUCUUCGUCGGAGUUGCCUGUAUCAUUCGAAGUAAUAUGACUUCUCAAAUGUAAUAUUUGGAACCACAUUUGCAUGAG